AUGGUAGCUGCUGGUGACAGUUUUGGCGUCGAGCACGCCCCGUGUUUGGCGCAUGAGCUUCACUUAGUACUAUUGGGCGCCUUGUCCAAGAAGAAGAAGAAGAAGAAGAAGAAGAAGAAGAAGAAGAAGAAGAAAGAGUCGCCGCAGAAUUCAAGACCAGCGUGGGAGUCGGUGGUUGCGCAAGAGCCAGGUGCGCUAGAGAAUGAGAACAAAGAAGAUGACAACCUGAAUGAGGAUGAACGAGCGGACAUGGAGAUUCUUCGUGAAAAUGCUAUCGAUGAGUUGGAUGCAUUUCUGGCCGAAACACUUUUGAACCUGGAGAAAACGGAGCUAGAGUCUAUGCGCGAGGUUGUGCAAGCGUGUCGGACUCUGUCGGCAUACUUCCGAAAGUCACCAAAAGCGUACAACCGUCUAGAUGUAAUCAGAAGAAACACCUCCGCAUUAAACCGGGCGAUGUCAUAA